AUGCAUUCGGGUGGUUCCCCACGUCGUCACCUGCAGCAGCACGAGCAGCAGCAGCAGCAACAGUUGCACGAGCAGCAGCAGCAGCAGCUGUUAAACAGCAGCGGGACAAGCAACAGGAGCACAGCAAAAGCAACCACCGCAGCACCAGGAGGAGUAAUGGCAGCAGCAGCAGCAGCAGCAGCAGCAGAAGCAGCAGCAGCAGCAGAAGCAGCAGCAGCAGCAGCAGGUACCUGA